UCGUUAACAUCUCUUCAUUAAACAGUGACACAAAUACAAUCAAUGGCCCCAGAGUGGUAAGACAGAGAAGAAAAAAGCCCCAGAGAAGGCUGAUGCUUCGUGGUGUUGGAGGACCACCAGAAGACCCCCAUCUCCCGAGGACCCCGUGGCUUCUGAUUUAAUUUAAAUUAAAGACAUAACGUCGCGGAUCCUGCAGCCGCGGACCCAAACGCUCCGUUAUAAUGAUAAUGGCGGUCGAGUUAUCUACCUCGAUAAACAUCAAGGAGCCCCGAUGGGACCAGAGCACCUUCGAGGGCCGGGCCAAACACUUCUUCACCGUCACAGACCCCAGGAACAUCCUGCUGUCCAACGAGCAGCUGGAGAGCGCGCACAAAAUCAUCACCGACUACAGAAAAGGAGUGGUCUCCCCAGGCCUGAGCGAGGAUGAGCUAUGGCGCGCCAAAUACAUCUUCGACUCCGCCUUUCACCCCGACACCGGGGAAAAGAUGAUCCUGAUUGGCCGCAUGUCGGCCCAGGUCCCCAUGAACAUGACCAUCACUGGAUGCAUGAUGACCUUCUACAAGACAACCCCAGCAGUGGUGAUGUGGCAGUGGAUCAAUCAGUCCUUCAAUGCAAUCGUCAAUUACACCAACAGGAGUGGGGACGCACCCCUCACAGUCAGUCAGCUUGGCACGGCCUAUGUGUCUGCCACCACUGGGGCCGUAGCCACAGCUCUGGGACUAAAUGCACUAACAAAGCACGUCUCUCCACUCUUCGGCCGGUUCGUACCGUUUGCUGCGGUCGCCGCCGCUAACUGCAUCAACAUCCCCCUAAUGAGACAAAGGGAACUGAAACACGGCAUUCCCAUCACGGACGAGAACGACAACCGUCUGGGGGAGUCCACGCAGGCGGCGCAGCAGGCCAUCUCCCAGGUGGUGGUCUCCAGGAUCCUCAUGGCCUCUCCUGGGAUGGCUAUCCCUCCGUUCCUAAUGAAUCACUUGGAAAAGAAGGCCUUUUUGAGGAAGUUCCCAUGGAUGAGCGCACCCAUUCAAGUGGGGCUGGUUGGAUUCUGCCUGGUGUUCGCCACUCCACUCUGCUGUGCCCUCUUUCCACAAAAGAGCUCCAUGUCGGUGAGCCGGUUGGAGCCGGAGCUGCAGGAGAAGAUCCGCGCGAGUCACCCGGGGGUGGAGAGGGUGUUCUUCAACAAGGGGCUAUAGAGGAGCGCCCCCCCCACCCCCACUCCCCCAAAGAAGCACUGCCAUGCCGUCACAAGGCAGCAGUCCUCUGAGCACAGUCCUCAUCACCUGCUAGCUCAUCCCUUCAUCUCGUUCAGCGUGCCAAAGUUAUGUUUGCUACUCUUCAUCCUCGCUCUCCAGAUCGACUCACCCUCCUCCUCCUCUUCCUCCUCCUCCUCAUCACUCUCCCCCAGGAUUUGUCUACUCUAGUCAUUUUUAGGAGAUUCUUUUUUGUAGAUCCUGCUCUGUGGUUGGUUGAUUGUGUAAAAUUACAUUGGGAACAUUUGUGUCAUGCCGGACCUCAUGAAAAUGAUGUUUUUCAUGGCGGUUGUAGUUGAAAGUGGUUAUCGUGGUGAUGAUUAUUAUUAUUUUUGUAUUCUUCACGGUACAGUUUCAGUAUGUGACUUGUUCAGGUGUCGGUGCCAAAUCAUUGUUUUACUUCUCUUAAAAUAGUGCUACGUCGUUCAGUUGUUCCUGAGGGACUCAAACCUUCGUUGAGUUGAGAUCUUCUUCCCAUUCCAUGCAUCUGCCAAAACUCAACACUCCCGAUUUACCUCUCAACACACACAACCUCCUCAUGUCAGUGCCAUUUCAAAACCACAAUUAAGAGUAAAUUACCAAAUGUGUGAUGCCACAAGUGUUGGGGCUUUCGGAUUACUGAGGAUAGAAUCUUAAAGAAGAAAAUAAAUCAAUAUUCUGGGAUUCUCCCUACACAAUGUGAUGCUAUGCUGGUGACUUAGACCAACAGGGUGCUAUCUGACAUCUUGCUGUAAUUAAUGCCAAACAUGCAUGAUCAAACCCCAGCGGGCAUCAGUGCACCAUACCACACGCUUCUCUGAGUCCAUGCCAGUCUUAGGACAGUUAGCUACAUCAUUGCUCUAUUGACCUUGACCAUGUUUUCAUUUUCACACGUGAACUGUCGCAAUGCUCAUCCAUUUUUUUUUUAUCUGUAUUUCUGUACGUUGACAAAGCAUUUGGUAACUUUUACCUCUCCCCUUUAAGCCCGCCGGUGUCAUGACCGUUGCCAUUGUACAGCUGUGUGACAUUUAAGAGGAUUUAUGAGGGAGGAUUUGAGAUUUCCCAGAGACAGGAGAACUCCUGUGCUUUUCUGCGCCACUGAAAAGCACACGAUGAGCUCAUGGUUCAAUUAAAGCACAGGGGACAACACAAGGACCACACAUACUGAACGAUGCAACAUAAUGGAAGUAUGUGGACCUUCUCUAUCUUGCAACAAAUAAUCUGAAGUCUCUAAGACAUGCAUGACGAGAUCGGGUCCUUUGUUUCCCAGAGUAAGACGGUGUAGCUCAGUUUGUGACGGUUUAGCUUCGUUUGGUGUAUGAAGGUGACCUUCGUGUUCUUUGUCCUCCUACUUGUGAAACACAAAACCAAGCCAAUAUAGUAUAUGAUAUCCAUUCUAAGGAAUCCAGGUGAAACCUUAUGAAAAACAGUAUUUUCAAUGAAUAGUAAUAACAGAUACACAGUAUUAAUGUGCAGGGAUACAAAUUAACUUGGCUGGGACAAUUGUGUUUUAAUGAUCUAAAAGUACUUAAUUUGCUUGCAACAUUCUGUGUAUUUGUGGUGUAUUAAUGUAUAAUUAAGAAUGAUCUAUUUGCAUAUGUCGGUGUAUUAGAUUAUUUCAAAUAUUCAUUUCAGAGAAUCGACUAAAUUGGGGUUUAUUCUCUAGAGUAUAUGGUAUAUAAAUGCUUGUUGUUCCAGUGUCUUUGUGGAUGAAUGUAGCAUUUUCAAAAUGUUGUUAAAAAUGGCAGUGUUUCAUCUGAAUACCACGGCCUACUGGAUUGUACAUCGCUCAAAGCACAAUGUUGGAAGAGAUCUAAAAUGCUGUAAAUCUGAACUUCAUAAUAUAAAUCAAGAAUCUGAACACUCAUGGCUCUGACGUAGUAGGCCUGCCCUUAAUCAUUGAGCAAAUUGGAGCAGAUUAUCAGUGAUAAUAAGGCUAUGUUUUCUGUUUUUGAUAGCCAACAGUCUGGUAGGCUUUCUGAGUGCCCCCUAUACUCUCCCACAACCUUAUUUAACCCACUCAAUGAACAUCCCUUAACAAUGUAGCUACCUUGCAUCAACUGUCCCUUCAGCCAGAUUGAUAGUGAACAUGUUUUUAUUUUGUUUGAUGAGAUGGUGUGUUGGUAUUUGUUAUGCACUACAUCCAGAUGGUUUUAGAGUUAGGCUGAAUGGAUUCAAUAAAAGUGGUGAAACAUGA